AAUGCGUGGGAGGAUAUUGUUACAAGGUGUGGCUUGUUAAAGAUGGAAAGUCUAGGUGCUACAAAUGAGCUAAACAUUUUGCAUAUAACUGAUGUUCACAACAGUACUGAAAUGGUAGCUGCAGUUUCACAAUGGGUCAUAAAACACAAAGAAAAAAUUGACAUUAUCUUAUUAUCUGGUGAUAUAGCUGACAUGCCUAUGGAGUAUGGUAACGACACUACAAAAGAGGCGCUUCUUUUUAAAGGCUCGUACUAUCAGGAUCUACAACAAGUCGUAUCUAAUGCCAGAGCUAUAUGUGAUAGAGUCUACUAUGUGCCUGGAAAUCAUGAUCCUCCUCAAUCAUUUAAUGAAGCUUCUCCUGAGAUCACUAUUGAUCCUAUUCCAUCAUGUAAUGUCCAUCUACACACUAUACCAGUUGCACCAGGGCUCUUUUUGUCAGGUUUGGGUGGAAGUGUGCCUGGCUAUCAAGAUGGCAAGCAAUGUUGGGAUGGUUUUCCAUAUAACAAUGAAGAUGAUAUAAAUAAGGAUCUGACUCAGUUGCUUGAGCCCUUCCUUGGCAAAGAUACUCCACUACGAUCUCCGGAAGAUCAACUUAUACUAAUGACACACUGUGGACCAAGCAAUUCAUCUACUUCAAGAUUUUGCGAUGACCCGAAUGCUGUUAUUGAAGCCGGCUCAAUGUCACUGUACAAUUGGCUAGUGAAACCAGAGCUGCAAAGGCGUGUACUACUUAAUGUGCAUGGUCACAUUCAUCACGGUUAUGGUGAGGCUCACGUCGGGAUGAUAUCCGUUCUAAAUCCUGGACCAUUAUUGGAUGGACAUUUCUCACUGUACACUUUAACAAGGAAAGGAGACCCUUUACAGUGGAGUCUCUCUGCUGUGAGAAGAUAUGUGCUAUAAACUAAAGUGUUUAAAUUAUAUUUUUAUAAUUCAUUUAAUUUUUGUUGAAAAAUAAAUUAUUUUUGUCCCACUCCACUAUUUAUAGACAAGUUAAAUUUUGCUGUAAAACAUUUCGAAAUAUUUUAGUAGAUCAAAAAAAUUGAUAAUAAUUAUUAAGUAAAUCU